GAAGAGGAGCGGCUGCUGCUGCAGAGCAAACUGAGGGUUGCUGAGGCCUGGCUGGGAGACGCUGCAAUGCUGCCUUGGAUUGCCUUGGGGGAGCCGAAUAUCUUUUUGGGGGGCAGCCCAAGUCCCCUGCCCAGCCGCCUAGCAGCAGCAGCAGCAGCAGCAACAACAGCAACUGAAGUAGCAGCAGCGAAUUCUGCAGCAGGAGCUGCUGCUGAUGCAGCAACAGCUGCAGAACACGCGGCAAUAGGCCUAACAGACCAAUCCAAGGCAACAGCAGCAGCAGCAGAAUUUGUGAGAACGUGCAGCAGAAAUAAAGCAGCAGCAGCAGCAGCAGCAGCAGCAGCAACCGGACUUGUUCCCGGGCUCCCUGCAGCACCGCUAGAGGACAUUAUCCCCCUUCUAGGCAACAUUAAGUGGCUCAGAGGGCCCAGAUGGCCCCCCCUUUGCCUCUCUUGGAGCGACAGCAAAUCGCUGCAGCAAACCCUAACAGUCACGACAGACUGCGCAGCAGACCACGCCUUAUUUGCUGCCUUGCUGCAGCAGCAGCAGCAGCAGCUGCAGCAACAGCAGCAGCAGCUGCAGCAGCAGCAGCAGCAGCUUUUGCAGAUUCGCGGUGUACAUGCAGCUAAUGUAGACAACUGCCUCAACAGCCAGCUGCUGGCUGUUCCUUGUGACCCCAAAGACCCUGAUCAGUGGUAA